UUCGUCGUCGUCGUCGUCGUCGUCGUGGUGGUCGUCGUCCUCAGGCGACGCCAGCUCUCCCCGCCCCCCUCCUUCGAGCCGGCUGCGGAGAAAGGCGCCGGCCGCGGAGACCCGCGCACCGAAGGAGGCGGGCUCCGCACGCUACAUUCAGAAUGAGUUAUGCUGAAAAACCUGAUGAAAUCACUAAAGAUGAGUGGAUGGAAAAACUCAAUAAUUUACACAUUCAGAGAGCUGACAUGAACCGCCUUAUCAUGAACUAUCUUGUUACAGAGGGUUUUAAGGAAGCAGCAGAAAAGUUUCGGAUGGAGUCUGGAAUUGAGCCAAGUGUUGAUCUGGAGACACUGGAUGAAAGGAUAAAAAUUAGAGAGAUGAUAUUGAAAGGUCAGAUUCAGGAAGCCAUUGCAUUGAUAAACAGUCUCCACCCAGAACUGCUAGACACAAAUCGAUAUCUCUACUUCCACUUACAGCAACAACAUUUAAUUGAGCUAAUUAGACAACGAGAGACAGAAGCAGCAUUGGAAUUUGCUCAGACCCAACUGGCAGAACAAGGAGAGGAAAGUAGAGAAUGUUUGACAGAAAUGGAACGCACCCUGGCAUUACUUGCCUUUGAUAAUCCUGAAGAGUCACCAUUUGGAGAUUUGCUUAAUAUGAUGCAGAGGCAAAAGGUAUGGAGUGAAGUUAACCAGGCGGUUCUAGACUAUGAAAACCGUGAGUCAACUCCCAAGUUGGCAAAGUUACUGAAACUUCUACUCUGGGCUCAGAAUGAGUUGGACCAGAAGAAAGUAAAGUAUCCUAAAAUGACAGACCUCAGCAAGGGGACGAUUGAAGAACCCAAGUAA